AUGGAGAAACAGAAACUUGCGGCUGGAUGUUUAGAAGAAAAUUCCCGAAGCAGAAGUCUGUUUCAUAUAAAUUGCAAACCGUACAAGUCCACUAACUUAUAGCUUUGAUCCUAAAUAACGACACAUUGAUGUUAAACCAUUAUGUCCUAAAGCAGUCAUUACAGAUUCUGUACCGUGACAAAUGGAGCAUUUCCACUUCAGAUUGUGAAAGCUGAUCUCAGAUCAGCAUCUGAAAGACUGAGUGGAAACAUAAAGUCCCAUGACAACAAGGAAACUGACGCCGCAGACUAGGUUCUUACAACAUAUAAACCUCAACACGACCGUCCACGAUGUUUUAUGCACAUAUUGUUGUAUUAUACGGCUUACUAAGUAUUUGUUCCACAAAUGAGAGUAAAAUAAAAAACGCACAGAGACCGGUGCGUCUGUUCACCGAGGAGGAGUUGCAAAGAUACGAUGGCACUGAGGACGGACAACCAAUUUACAUGGCCAUUAAAGGUGUAGUGUUUGACGUCACAACUGGAAAAGAGUUUUACAGAAAGGGAGCACCCUAUAAUGCCCUUGUGGGCAAAGACUCAACCAGAGCUGUGGCCAAAAUGUCCCUUGAGCCAGCAGAUCUCACACAUGACACUACGGGCCUCACUGAGAGUCAACUACAGUCUCUUGAGGAGAUAUUCAAAGGCACAUACAAAGCAAAGUACCCCAUCAUAGGAUACACCAGCAGACAUGUUCUCAAUGAGGACGGCAGCCCCAAUAUAGACUUCAAACCUGAAGACCAACCGAAUUUCACCAUUAAGGAUGAAUUAUGAUAAUAAUUGUCUUAUAAUAAAGCUAUCCAGAAGUCCAAUCAAA